AGUUUAUGUAUAAAUACGUUUUAUAAAAUAUAAUGUAAUAUAAAAACGUUUAUAAUUUAAUAUAUACACUGAAAAGAUUCCUAUAUAAACAUUGCUAUUGUGUUAAUCAACAAUCGUUUGCAAUAAAACAUAACCUAUCUAAUAUUGUUUUACAUCAUGAACUGUUUAAUUAGGAGAAUAUAUCAACAAUAUGGCUCUACAGUCAUCAAAAGAAACAUUUGCUUAACACCUCUCUCUCAAUCAACCAAUGUGACUUCUUCAGACGAGCCUGUGGACAUACCAAAUCCUUUCCAGAAAGAAAAACAACAAUGCAUCCUCUGCAAAUACAAUAUACAACCUGAUUAUAAAAAUGUUAAACUUCUAUCACAGUUCCAGAGCCCUUACACAGGUCGCCUGUAUGGAAGGCACAUCACAGGCUUGUGUUCUAAUAAGCAAAAACAAGUGGAACAGGAGAUUGUGAAGGCUCAAGUUGCUGGUUUUAUGCCUUAUUAUAAUAAAGACCCUGAUUUUUUGCAUGAACCGAAGUUGUUUGACCCCGAAAGGCCUUUGAAACCACAUAGUUAUGCAUAGAAUAAUAAUGUAAAUGUAAAAGUAAUAAUAUAAUUAGAAAAUUA